AUGGCCGCGCCCACCCCCACACACGAACACCACAGCCACGACUUCGCAGAGGCCAACAAGGCCUUCUUCGACCAGCAUGCACACGAGCCGCACCGCCCGGACGCGCUCAAGCUGCGGCACAAGACCGUCGCCGCCAUGCAGCGCGCGCACCCCGCCCUCUUCGACGAAGACCGCACAGAGGUGCUGGACUACGCGUGCGGCGUCGGCCUGUUGUCCCAAGCGCUGUGCCCGCACGUGAAGAGCAUCGUCGGGGUCGACAUCAGCCAGGCCUCCGUUGACGCGUACAACGCGCAGGCUUCAAACCAAGGUCUCGAGCCCACGGAGAUGCGCGCAGUGUGCGCCGAGCUCACGGGCGCCCCGGGCGAGCUGGACGACGCGAAGUUCGACGUCGUCGUGUGCUCCGCCGCGUACCACCACUUCCCGUCCAUCGCGGACACGACGCGCGUCCUCGCACACUUCUUGAAGCCGGGGGGCUCGCUGCUCGUCGCGGACAUCAAGGCUGCGCCCGAUGGCCACGCGCUGUUCAAGGAGACGCACCACCAUAUUGUGCCGCAUAAGCAUGGGCUCACUGAGGAGGCGGUGCGGGGCGCGUUUGAGGGCGCGGGUCUUGUGGAGUUCGAGCUUGCGGAUGCGUUUAGGGCGACGAUGAGCGCGACGGGCGAGGAGACGCAGUGGUUCGUCGCGCGUGGGGUGAAGCCGGCUUGA